AUCAUCUAAUGCCAAAAUGGGAUCUUUAACGCGCUAUUUCAAGGAAAACUCUGACCGCGUGGCGGAGGCCGCGACCGCGGCCCUGGGCAUGGCAGAGAUGGAAUCUCUCCCUGGUUCACAGCCACACAGCCCUUACAACUCAGAAUGCUCAACACAUUCAGCAGAAAAGAAUGAUGAAACAGACAUCAGACAAUUAAUAACAAACUUACCCUCAAAAGACGACAUACAACUAAUUUUAGGCAAACUCGAAGUUUCCUUCCAAAAAAAAAUGGAAGAGAUGGGCUCCGACGUCCAACAACUUAACCUUCGGGUCACUGAUCUAGAAGAAGAAAGGGACGUGUUACAAGCCCAAAUAACCAACAUAGCAACAACAUUAGACUCCCACAUUCAAUUUAU